AUGAAUAAACCUACGGAACUACUUUUAUUACUACCGUUAAAUACACAACAGUGUGCGAGUAGUGUGCACUACGUAGCUACUGACAGUUGGGGACGUUGGAUAGUCGUGGCAGCUACGGCGACGGGAGCUAACAAGGAGACGUGUGUUGCAGGUAACGGUGCCAAACAGGGCUACGACCGGCUGCCGGCAGACGAGGGUCACGUGACAGCCGCGUCAUCCGACAGCGGCUCCGACGUGUCUGAAGACAGCGACUACGACGAACUGGCGUGCAACGUGUGCGACCGCACCUUCUGCAACGCCCGCCAGCUGGCGCACCACCAGGAGAAGAAGCGCCACUUCGCGUGCUCCUCGUGCGACAGCCUGUUCCCCUCGCUGGAGGCGCUGCACCACCACCGGCAGCAGUUCCAGCACUGGACCAACCACAGCCCCAUCGAGCCCUCCUGCUCCAGCUCCAGCUCUGCGGACGAGACAUCUGACGACACCGUGUCCAGCGAGGAGCUGGAGCGCCUGCUAUGAUCCUCGUCCUCCGCCCCCGCACAGUCCACCCCUCCUCACCCCCUGUCCCCCAACCCUCACAGCCCGAGCACCGCCGCCACAUAUCACACACCUCUGUGAAUUGUACGUGUCUCUUCCUUCUGUCUCCCUGUCCAUCUCACUCUGUCUGUCCAGCGUCCCCGUCAUCGAAACUGGAGGACUGCACUCGAUGGAAGGAAAAGAAGGAUGAAGGGUUACCUAAAUGGGGCCCUCUUCGGCAGAAAGUUGUGGAAUUCUUCGCGAACUAAUAGCGAGACUAAUGUCCAUUUGCCACUAACUUACGAACAGUCGUGUGUCAACUGCGACACUGUCAAUGCUGUUGGCACCCGAAAUGCGGCACGACUAAUAGUUUGUGAAAAAUUUCACUGCCGCCCAGGCCAGUGUGUUUUAAGUUUCCAUCAGUCCUGCAGCGAUAUGGUCUUUUUUGCUGCAUGUAUCUGUGGUAUUAUUUUUAAAAUCUAUGUCGGUUACCAACCACAACGAUAAUUGCAGACAUUUGUACCUUGUAAAAUAUAUAUAUUUAUAGUUAUGUGAUCUGUAAAUUAUUAUUGUAUAGUAAACUAUAUAUCAAAGAUGUUUCAUGUGACGAAAUA